AUGACCAGCCCAACCGAUACCGAUACCAAACCGGCUCCUCCUGGCUGGGCACCAUCUCCCGCCGGAAGACCCGUGGAUUGCGCCGCCCGCGCCGAAGCUGAAGAAGUCGACGUCGUUGAGCUCAUCGGCGUGCUAGACGGUGUAGUCACAUCAUCAAGCCCAUCAUCGACACUGAGCGUCGGACGAACCGGCAUUGUCGCUCCCGGACGGCCACCAUCGCUAACAGAAUUUUCCGUCUGCACUGGUGGUGGUGGGGCCGCGACUGAAGAAGAGGAAGAACUCGAAGAAGAUGAUGUCGCCGGCAGUGCUUGUGUUUGA